AUGUCUCCGCCACUGUAUUGCACACGAAUUCCUCCAAGCAGACUUUACUUCCCUUGGUAUAAUAAGAUAAAGAGACAACUUGACGACCUCGAACAAAGAUAUUUUGAUCUAGGCGAAAAAAGAUGCAUUCGAAGUCCAUUUACAAAUACAACUCAAGGCAAAUACUUCAUUUUGUGUAGGCAGCGAACAACUAGGUGUUCAUCAGUUUUCAACGCUUCUGUAGAAAAGGAAUUCAUUCCCGACGACAAGGAGGAAAAACUCAAGAUUGAAUCAUUUACAACAGAGCAGAUUUUGCAAAAAGUAGACAGUGGAGAUGUGCUUGUCGUUCCAUAUAAGAUAAACACAUAUUUCGUCAACAACAAUAAUCUAAAUUGCAAAAUCAUAGUUGUUGCAACUGAUACAAAAGAGUAUACAGAUGCCAACAAUAUUUUUCAAAAAGACCCAAAUAUCAAAGUCUCUCGUUUAGAAGACUUAAAGGAUAUUGCAAGUCUUACACUUGAAGAAAGUAUGUUUGAACCUAUGAAGUCUUAUGCUGAAACAUUAGACAAAUCUUUACAAAACGAUCAAAAAUAUGGGAUAAGAAAAGAAGAAAGUGUGCCUGAGAAGAUAGAGCGGAAAAGAUACAGAAAGACUCCAUACAAAUCUGAAAACAAGAAAGUUCACACGAGAGCCAAACAUCUGGAAAAAAGGAAGGAAGAAAAUGUAGAUCAUUGUAAAGAUUCUUCUGAACGUCUCUACAAAGAAAUCUUAGGAGUUUUCAAAAGAAGCAGAAUACCGGAACAUAAGAAGCCAGAUGUCAGAGUAAUUUUUCCACAUAAAGUAGGUGACGAGGUUUCAAAUGAGCUUUACAAAAUUGAUUCUUCCGUGAAAAGUUGUGGAUAUCGAUAUGGUACUCUCCAGGUUUUUGUCGAUGAUGUGAGCAAUGACGAAAUUAAAAACUCGAUACAAAAAGUUUUGCAAACAAAUGGCAUUAACGACUUUGAAAUUGUUCCUGCAAUUAGUACAUAUAAGUCGUUUAUUGGAGUCGGUGCCAGAGCAUGCCCUACUGACGUUUUCACUUCACAUGGGUCUUUGGGAGGUUAUGCGAAAAGAAACUCAAGAGACAUGUGUGCCUUAGUUUCAAGGCACGUUGCUAUCUACUCAAAAGACAUGCGUGUAUCUCUGUUCGAUCAGAAUUCCUCUAUUCGAUCAAGACUUAUCCCAGAAACAGUUGCUGAUGACACUGAUGAACCGAUUUUGGAUAUUUCGGCUGCUGAAAUAAAUCCAAGGGAUACACCCAUUUGUGAUACAAGAUUUAAGUCAGAAUGCGGGAAAUCUUUGCCUCGAAAAGAUUGUGAGUAUGAAAACAAGCAACUUGAUAGCAGACGCGUUCAUCUUUGGGGUGCUGUAACUGCUCCAGGGUUAGGGAUUAUAACUAUUCCUGAAGUUCGCGAUAGGAACCAUGAUAAGACGUACAUCAUAGUCGAAGACAGGGCUAAUGCAACAGCUGUUCUGUGUAGGGAAGGUGAUAGUGGUGCAAUGGUAUGUGCUGACGAUGAUUAUGGAUCAGGAGUGGAAGCAAUAUCAAUGCUUAUUGGUAAAGAUACAACCAAUCCAGGGAAAUAUGCGACGUUCAGAAUAGAUAAAGGGUUACAACAGCUUGAGAAACAAACGGACUCCUCCUUUAGUUUAUGCCAAGACUGA